AUGCCACAACCGCUCGUCACACACGUCAACCAGGGCAUGCCACAAUCGCCUGUCACGCAUGCCAACGAGGGCGUGCCACAAUCGCCUGUUACGCACGUCAACGAGGGCAUGCCACAACCUCCCAUCAUGCACGUCGAUGAAGGCGUGCCACAACCGCUCGUCACGCACGUCAACGAGGACGUGCCACAACCAUUCGUCACGCACGUCGUCGAGGACGUGCCACAACCGCCCAUCACACACGUCAAUGAGGGCGUGCCACUACCGCUCGCCACGCACAUCAACGAGGGCGUGCCGUUACCGCUCGUCACGCAUGUCAACGAAGGUGUGCCACAACCGCCCAUCACGCACGUCAACGAGGGCAUGCCACAACAGCUCGUCACGCACAUCAAUCACGUCACGCACGUCGACGAGGGCACACCACUACCGCUCGUCACGCACGUCAACAAGGGCAUGCCACAACCAUCCAUCACGCACGUCAACGAGGGCGUGCCUCAACCACCCAUCACGUACGUCGAUGAGGGCAUGCCACAACUGCUCCUCACGCACGUUGACGAGGACAUGCCACAACCACUCGCCACGCACGUCAAGGGUGUGCCACAACCGCACGAUACCAAGGGCGUGCCACGACCGCCGCCCCGUGCGCCACCUUAA